CACUCCCUCUCUUCUUUUCUCUCUAUAAAUAUGUAAUUUAUUUUCCCUCUCUUCUCUCAUUUUCUUUCGCUCUCUAAAUCAAAAAAAAAGCUCAGUUCUUCAAUCAAGGAUUGGAGAUUGCGUUCUUUAAAGCUUAACGAUGGCGGAUUCUCGAAACCCUAGCAGCAAUACUGCGUACGAAAUUAAUUCAGAUAAGUUUAAAUCCCGUUUGAAGUUAUUUUAUUCGCAUUGGAAAGAACGAAAAGAUGAUUUAUGGGGUUCAGCUGACGCUAUUGCUAUAGCUACGCCACCUCCUUCUGAGGAUUUGCGGUACUUAAAAUCGUCUGCGAUGAAUGUUUGGUUGUUGGGUUAUGAGUUUCCGGACACGAUUAUGGUUUUUACGAAGAAACAGAUUCAUUUCUUGUGUAGUCAGAAGAAGAUUUCGUUGCUUGAGGCUGUUAGGAAGCCGGCGGAAGAGGCUGAUGAUGGUGGGAUUGAUGUUGUUAUGCAUGCUAAAGCGAAGAAUGAUGACGGUGUUGCUGUAAUGGAUGAGAUAUUUGGUGCGCUGAAUGUGGGUAGUUCUGUUCUUGGGUAUAUAGCAAAGGAGGUUCCUGAAGGUGCGCUUUUGGAGACUUGGAAUGAGAAGUUGAAGACUGCGGGGUUUGAACAGAUUGUUGAUGUUACUAAUGGGUUUGCUGAUUUGCUUGCUACUAAGGAUGCUGCGGAGGUUAUGAAUAUUAAGAAAGCUGCUUUUUUGAGCUGUGGCGUGAUGACUAGCGUCAUUGUUCCUAAUCUUGAGAAUGUUAUUGAUGAGGAGAAGAAAGUUACUCAUUCUUCUUUGAUGGAUGAGGCUGAGAAGGCCAUUAUGGAACCGUCCAAAGCUAAGGUUAAGUUGAAGCCGGAGAAUUGUGAUAUUUGUUAUCCUCCAAUUUUUCAGAGUGGAGGUGAUUUUGAUCUGAGACCUAGUGCAGCUAGUAAUGAUGAGUUGCUCUAUUAUGAUCCUGCCAGUGUUAUUAUUGUUGCUAUUGGUGCUCGGUAUAACAACUACUGCUCAAAUGUUGCCAGAACUUUCUUGAUCGAUGCCAAUAAAAUGCAGAGCAAGUCUUAUGAAGUUCUUCUAAAAGCCCAAGAGGCAGCAAUUGGUGCAUUGAAGCCUGGGAAUGUACUCAGUGCUGCAUAUCUAGCAGCUGUUGCGGUGGUUAAGAAUGAGGCUCCUGAAUUAGUUCCACACCUAACAAAAUCUGCAGGGACAGGCAUUGGGCUUGAGUUUCGUGAAUCGGCACUGAAUCUCAAUGCCAAGAAUGAUCGUAUCAUAAAGGCAAAUAUGGUGUUUAAUGUAUCCCUGGGUUUUCAAAACUUGCAGAACCAAAAUGAUAACCCAAAGACCCAGAAUUACUCUUUGUUACUUGCGGAUACAGUUAUUGUUGGUCAAACGAGUCCGGAAGUGGUGACUAGCAAGACCUCCAAAGCUGUUAAGGAUGUGGCUUAUUCAUUUAAUGAAGAGGAGGAAGAAGUCAAACCUCAUGCUAAACCUGGGGUUAAUGGCACGAAGACUGUGAUUUCUAAGACAACACUACGAUCCGAUACCGGAGAUAUUUCAAAGGAGGAGAUGCGGAGGCAGCACCAGGCAGAGCUUGCCCGUCAAAAGAAUGAAGAAAUUGCUCGGCGACUUGCUGGUGUGGGAGGUGCGGCAGGGGACAAUCGUUCUUCUGUGAGGACAUCAGCUGAUUUAGUAUCCUACAAGAAUGUCAAUGACAUUCCUCCUUUAAGAGAUCUAAUGAUUCAGGUUGACCAGAAGAAUGAGUCUGUGUUUUUACCUAUUUAUGGGAGUAUGGUGCCUUUCCAUGUUGCUACAAUUAGGACAGUCUCCAGCCAGCAGGAUACCAACAGAAAUUGCUAUAUACGUAUUCAAUUUCUGGUUCCGGGUACCCCUUUUAGUCCACAUGAUGCUAAUUCUCUGAAGAACCAGGGGGCCAUUUAUCUGAAGGAGGUUUCAUUUCGCUCUAAGGACCCUAGGCACAUUAGCGAAGUGGUACAGCAGAUUAAGUCACUAAGGCGGCAUGUUGUGUCUAGGGAGUCUGAGAGGGCUGAGAGGGCAACCUUGGUUACUCAGGAGAAACUUCUGCGCGUUGGGAAUAAGUUUAAGCCUAUAAAAUUGCAUGACCUUUGGAUCCGCCCCGUUUUUGGCGGCCGUGGAAGGAAGCUUCCUGGUAUGCUGGAAACUCAUCAGAAUGGGUUCUUAUUUACAACAAGUAGAAAGGACGAGCAGGCGGAGGUCAUGUUUGGUAACAUUAAACAUGCAUUUUUCCAGCCUGCAGAGAGGGAGAUGAUCACUCUCCUCCACUUCCAUCUUCACAACCACAUUAUGGUGGGAAACAAGAAGACCAAGGAUGUGCAGUUUUAUGUUGAGGUCAUGGAAUCAGUCCAGACAUUGGGAGGUGGGAAGAGAUCUGCAUAUGAUCCUGAUGAAAUCGAGGAAGAGCAAAGAGAAAGGGACAGGAAGAAUAAGAUCAACAUGGAUUUUCAGAGCUUUGUGAAUCGGGUGAAUGAUCUUUGGAGUCAGCCCCAAUUCAGUGGACUCGACCUUGAGUUUGAUCAGCCUUUGAGAGAGCUCGGCUUCCAUGGGGUGCCUUACAAAACCUCAUCUUUCAUUGUCCCAACUUCAAGCUGUCUUGUUGAGCUAAUUGAGACUCCUUUCCUUGUUGUCACUCUCAGUGAGAUUGAGAUUGUAAACUUGGAGAGAGUCGGUUUAGGACAAAAGAAUUUUGAUAUGACCAUUGUGUUCAAGGAUUUCAAGCGCGAUGUUCUUAGAAUUGAUUCUAUUCCAUCAACAGCACUGGAUGGGAUAAAGGAAUGGCUUGACACUACAGAUAUUAAGUAUUACGAGAGCAAGUUGAAUUUGAACUGGCGGCAGAUUCUGAAGACAAUUACUGAUGACCCCCAGAGUUUCAUAGAUGAUGGAGGGUGGGAAUUUUUGAAUUUAGAAGCUAGUGAUUCAGAUUCUGAUGGCUCAGAGGAUUCAGAUAAGGGUUAUGAGCCAUCAGAUGCAGAACCUGAGUCCGAGUCAGAAGAUGAGGCCUCGGAAAGUGCGUCGCUGGUGGAGUCGGAGGAUGAGGAUGAGGACGAUGAUUCAGAAGGAGACUCUGAGGAAGAGAAGGGUAAGACAUGGGAGGAGCUGGAGAGAGAAGCGAGCAAUGCAGAUAGAGAGAAAGGGGAUGAGUCUGAUAGUGAUGAGGACAGGAAUAGAAGGAAAGCGAAGAUUGUCGGAAAGUCUCGAGCACCUCCUGCUAGCAGCUUGGCCAAGCGCUCCAGGUUCAGGUAGAUUCCCUGAAGAAGUAAUUUUUUAAUGUAUUAUUGUGGUUUGGUAUUUGCACAAGUAGUACUAGCUAGUAGCAACUGCUGCUUUAGGAUGCAGUUCUAAGGUUAGUUUUAUGUUUCUUUCGUCAUCUACUGUGUUCUCUGGCCAUUAAAGUAGGAGUAUUGGAAGAAAGAUUUUUGGCUUUUGUAAGUUGGUAAUAUUAGUUUCAAUGGAAGUUCUAUUAUUUUCCACAA